AUGAGGAAGCAGAGCGUGCGCACCGCCGCACUCAUCCUGUGCAUCCUGUCCUACCUGCUGGUGGGCGCCGCCGUCUUCGACGCGCUCGAAUCCGAGGCGGAGAGCGGCCGCAAGCGGCUGCUGGCCCAGAAGCGGAGCGAGUUGCGGAGGAAGUACGGCUUCUCGACCGAGGAUUACCGCGAGCUGGAGCGCCUGGCGCGGCAAGCCGAGCCGCACCGCGCCGGCCGCCAGUGGAAGUUCGCCGGCUCCUUCUACUUCGCCAUCACCGUCAUCACCACCAUCGGGUACGGUCACGCCGCGCCGGGCACGGACUCGGGCAAGGUCUUCUGCAUGUUCUAUGCGCUCCUGGGCAUCCCCCUGACGCUGGUCACCUUCCAGAGCCUGGGUGAGCGGCUGAACGCGCUGAUGCGGCGCCUCCUGCUGGCGGCCAAGCGCUGCCUGGGCCUGCGGCGGCCGCACGUGUCCACCGAGAAUAUGGUGGUGGCCGGGCUGCUGGUGUGCGCGGCCACCCUGGCCCUCGGGGCCGCCGCCUUCGCGCAUUUCGAGGGCUGGACCUUCUUCCACGCCUACUACUACUGCUUCAUCACCCUCACCACCAUCGGCUUUGGCGACUUCGUCGCGCUGCAGAACGACGAGGCGCUGCAGAGGAAGCCGCCCUACGUGGUCUUCAGCUUCCUCUACAUCCUCCUGGGGCUCACGGUCAUCGGCGCUUUCCUCAACCUGGUGGUCCUGCGCUUCCUGGCGGCCAGCGCGGACGCGCCCGAGCGUGCUGCCCGCCCGCUCCGCCGGGGGACGCCCGAGAGCCGAGGCCCCGCCCUGCUCCGCCGCCCCGCCCACCGCGCCGGCUCCACCUCCAUCUCCUACCGCAUCCACCAGCUGGAGUUGCGGGCCCGCGACAAUCUGGGCUUCUCGACCCCCGCAAGCCCUGGGGCUGGAGGCGGCGGCGGCGGCUGCAGGGCAGGCAGGCCCCUGGCCCGGCGUAAGUCCAUCUGA